AUGCAGAUCUUCAGGUCAAUAUGCCUGUUCUUGAAUAUCCUGGGACUUGGACAAAGGGCAUUGGCUAUCGAUCUUGAUGUUAGCAGUCAAGGGGCUACAGAUUCCAUCAGCAAUGCCGCCAAUAUCGCGACCUAUGCGAUGAUGACAUAUUAUACGGGAAACGACACUGGCGGGAUUCCAGGUGCAUUUCCAACGAAAUGGUGGGAAGGGUCUGCACUAUUGAUGGCUCUUCUGAACUAUUGGCACUUUGUGGGCGAUGACUACUACAACGAUGAGCUCAGUGUAGCCUUGCAAUGGCAAAGCGGGACCAAUGGAGAUUAUAUGCCAGCCAACUAUAGUAGUUUCUUGGGCAACGAUGAUCAAAUGUUCUGGGGCCUCGCAGCAAUGACAGCAGUCGAAUACAAAUUCCCCGAUCGCGCCACCGGAUUCUCUUGGCUUUCACUCGCACAGGGCGUGUUCAAUACACAGAAGGAUCGAUGGGAUACAACGAUGUGUGGUGGAGGACUACGGUGGCAGAUCUAUAGUUAUGAGGGGAGUGGAUAUUAUUUGAAGAAUGCCGUUUCCAAUGGUGGGUUCUUUCAACUUGCAGCACGACUAUAUCGAUACACCAACGACACGGAAUACUUAACAUGGGCUCAGAAGAGCUACGAAUGGUCGUGCUCGGUUCCACUGGUUAAUAAUAAGACAUGGACGAUCGCCGAUUCCACAAAUGGUCAAGAAGAAUGCGCCAAUGGAGAUGCGACACAGUGGAGUUAUAACUAUGGGAUUUAUAUGGGUGGAUGUGCAUAUCUGUAUGCUCAGACCCAAGAUGAGUACUGGCUCAAUUGUACAACCGGGCUCAUGGACACACUCUUCAGUGAAUUCUUCACCGAGGCAAACAACUACAUCAUGGAAGAUUUCGAAUGUGAGCCCACCGAGAUCUGCAACGAUAACGAGAUCCUCUUCAAGGGACUUGUUGUCUCCUGGCUAGCCAACACCGCCCUUCUUAUCCCAUCAUUGUACGACAGGAUCCUCGCGAAACUUCAAUCCUCCGCUGCAGGCGCCGCGAAGUCCUGUACAGGAUAUAGCAAUAAUACCUGUGGCGUGCGAUGGUACACCGAAGAAUGGGAUGGUUGGAUGGGCAUGGAAGAGGAGAUCAGCGCUAGCAAUGUGUUCAGUGUUCAGAUGCUACAGUGGAUGAAUGGAUCCAAUGAUGCUGCGCCUGUUACAUCUACGACGGGUGGAAAUAGUACGAGCAAUGUUAAUGCUGGACAGAAUGAGGAUAAUACCACCGACACUAGUUCGACCAUUGUCUCAACUGCGGAUAAGGCAGGAGCUGGGAUCUUGACUGUUGUUUUAAUUGGAGCAGUGGUUGGGAUGGCUACGUUUAUGGUUAUGGGAUGA